UAAUGAAGAAGGGAUUGAUGAGGUCGCAGCCUACACAAUAUCUAUGUUUGCUAACGAGCGGGUAGUGCGCGCAGGUCUAAGUUCAAAGAGCAGUCAAGAUUAGCUGGGCCUUUGGGCUAAAAGUGUUGAAGCUCGAGGUCCAUGCUUGAGAUACCUCUACUUCAUCGUGUUGCGGUCCGAAAGCGCGAGGGUAAGGUCAUUCAGCGAGCGUCUCGGGAAGAUAGAUGCCCCUCUCUUCUACAGCAGCGCGUCGAGCAGAGCAAGAGACAGCAGGAGCAAGAAGCAGGAGCUUCAGUGGCAGUAACAAAAGUGUCAACGGCCAUAAUGAGAUGAAACAGUUCGCGAGUCGAGCAUUCGAAGAGGCUUGGACGUAUUCCUGGAAUACGGCGAUUAUCUUACGAGUGCCACACAGUUUUUGCUCUGCAGAUUCUACGCCACUGAAAACAAGUUCUACACCGCUCGAACGGUCCCGUACGAAGCAUACGCUUGGACGGAACAUGAUACCCGGUAGGACACGGAGUUCGAUGUAUCGCUCCCGACAACGCCUACUGUUACGGAAUAGGAGGUCGGCUUCAAGGGCUUCCUUCUCGUCUGUUCGAGCUGUUCUUAGUAAUGCACGGCUUUCAAAAACACAGAUGCAUGUGUCUCAAGAAGCUCGGUAUUACAAAAACCUCCUAAAUGGAGAAGCUGCUUGUGCGAAGCACCUCUAUCGCA